AAACUGAGAGAGAGAGCUUGCGCUAGAAGGAAAUUCCGCGGCUUCCGAUCCGUAUGCUCUGCUACUCCCUGAAGGAGAAACAGAAUAUGGAAACCUUCAACAUAAUAAUACCCCUACUAUUAUCCUCUCCCAUUCCAUCCUUUCUAUUUCUUUAAUCUAAGACUUAGGUUUACAUAACUUCUCUUUUAUCUCUACAUCUUUCUUCCUAUUCAUUGCCUAACCCAUGGAAUCCGAUCUCGUUAUCAAGGUGAAGUAUGGAGAUACACUAAGGCGUUUCACUGCUUGUAUUGAUGAUGGUGAACGUCGUGGUCUUAACAUGGCUGGACUGAGGGCAAAAAUUUCUGGGCUUUUCAAUUUUCCUGUUGAUACUGAACUUACUCUGACAUAUAUUGAUGAAGAUGGGGAUGUUGUUACCCUUGUGGAUGAUGAUGAUCUGUAUGAUGUGAUGAGGCAACGCCUCAAAUUCUUGAGGAUUGAUGUGCAGCCGAAUAAUGAUAAGCUUGGUGAACCAUGUGCCGCAUCAAGCCAAAGUUCUACCCCUUUGAGAUCGCCGUCUUUUCAGCCUCCAUCGGAGGGCUUUAAUACUGUUGCUGCUGAUAUUCUGAAAUCUGCACCGGAUCCUCUACGUGGCACUCUAAGUGAAGUUUUAUCAAACCUCUCCUCUGAUGUUGCUUUGAUAGUGGCAUCUGCUAGUCCAGUGUUGGGUGAUCUGGUGGAGUGCUUGUCUAAGACGGGACAAUCCUACCUUGGUCCUGUUUCGAACUCUGGAGCUGCUGCUGAUUCAAGCAUGCAACCUGUAGCAUCUUCUGUGAGCCAUUGUACCACAGUUGGUGCUACUGACCCAGAUCCUUUAGGGGAUGGUGGCUUGCGAGUGGUUUUACCUAAAUCUACAGAUGUCAAUUCAACUUGCAAGGCUAACAAGGAAGGCAAUACUGGAAAUGCAACAAGAGGUGUGAAUGUACCUGCUGUUCCUGAUCCUGAUUCUAUUGAUUUGAAUGUUGACCCACUUUCUGAUGCCAACCUGACCGGAUGUGCUCCCAUGGCUUCUGAACCAUCUUCAUCGAACAUUUUUGCUUGUAAUGACCAGAAAAACGCUAAAGAGAUCAUGGGUCGUAAGAAGGGAAAGAGUGUUAGCUUUGAUACAUCAGCUUCCUUUAUUGAUGCUACGGUGAAAUUUUAUCCCAUCAACGUGAUGGGUAAGGAUCCUUCAAAUGAAUGUCCCUUCAGUGGAGUGCCAGUAGCAAACGACCCUGUUGCGCCUCCUUCCUUUAGUCCAAGUAAGAGGGUCUUUUCUUCGACUGCUGGAAAUGUGAUGUUUGGUACAUUCCACAAGGGAAUUCAAUGUGAUGGUUGUGGGGUUCUUCCCAUUGCUGGACCCCGGUUCAAGUCCAAAGUAAAAGACGAUUAUGAUCUUUGCAGCAUCUGCUUUUCCAAAAUGGGAAAUGAAGCUGAUUACAUCAGAAUGGACAGGCCUGUGCAUUCCUCUAAUCCAUGGUUUUGCAGGGCAUCAAAUGAUCCUAUUCCAAGUGCACUCCCACAUGUCUUGAGGAAUCGUGCAUUGAUGUCAGCUCAGCCUAAGCUAGAAAGUCGCUUCGUCUUGGAUGUCAAUGUAAUAGAUGGGACUGUAAUGAUGCCAUCUACUCCAUUCACAAAGAUCUGGCGGAUGCGCAAUAAUGGUACUGUGCCUUGGUUUCAUGGUAUGCAACUGGUCUGGAUUGGGGGAGACAAAUUAAGAAACACAAUUUCAGUUGAUAUAGAGAUUCCUCCUGAUGGUGUACCUGUUGAUGGGGAACUAGAUAUUGCUGUUGAUUUUACUGCACCACAGUUGCCAGGUCGAUUUGUUUCUUACUGGAGGAUGGCAUCACAAGCUGGCAUAAAAUUUGGGCAACAUGUCUGGGUUCUCAUCCAUGUUGAUGCUUCUCUUAAGGAUAUGAAUACUGAUAACGCUCAGGGAUUGAACUUGAAUUUGCCCCCUGAAAAUAGUGGCUCAAGAGACACUGAGGUUUGCAACUCUAAUGUAGGCCCUGCACUGGUGAAGCCCCUGAUUAAUGAACAAUCAACAAAGGAGCAGUCAUUAAACAACAGAGAUGUUACAACCCCUAUUCACACAUUAUCUUCAUUUGCGGCACAUUCUCCCAUCAUUGAUCACCAAGAUAUCUCACUCCUUGCAUUUCCGGAAACUCCAUCUCCGUCAUCGUUAUCAUCCUAUCCCAUCAUUGAUCUCUCAGAAGCAGCUCUUGAUGAGCCGGUGCCACUGUCACCCCUGCCUGCACCAUGCGAACAAGCACCAUCUGAAGAGGAAAGUGAAAAUGCUGUUGAGCAAACACUACUAAAGGAGCUUGAAGAUAUGGGAUUCAAGCAGGUCGAUUUGAACAAGGAGAUCUUGAGGAUGAACGAAUACGAUCUGGAGAAGUCUAUAGAUGAUCUAUGUGGAGUAGCUGAAUGGGAUCCCGUACUUGAGGAACUGCAAGAAAUGGGUUUCUGUGAUGCAGAAAUGAACAAAAUGCUGCUGAAGAAGAACAAUGGGAGCAUCACAGCAGUUGUCAUGGAUCUUCUAGGUGGAGAAGGGGCUUAAAUGAGAGAUAUGACGGUUGAUUCUUUCCUAUGGUUGGACAAGCCUUUUAUAUAUAUGAAUGAAUAAAUGAAGCGUGCUUCUAAACCUGGUCAUCUUAUUCCAACAUAUGAUAUCCAUGAAUUUGUAUCCAGAAAGAAAAAAAAAAACUUUUAAUAUUAAUUCCAUGACACCCUUCUCUC